AUGCAGAAUCGGUUGGCUUCGGUUAUUACCGUUUAUAAGACUGCGCGAGAACAUAACGGAAAUUUCAUUCUUCUGCGUCACGGCUUGUGGGAAUUGGAUGGAAGGCAAAAUUCGACUGCACCUUACCCGGGUGACAACGGGGAUUGGACUCUUUGGGAUAGCUAUUUGACCCAGCUGUGCUCCGAUAUCAAACGCCUCGGCAUGACCGAGGGCUGGGUCAUUGAUAUCUGGAAUGAGCCCGAACUGGUCAACUUCUGGCCUACUGGUAAAUAG